GGAUCUCACUUUAAUUGUAAAAUUGUGUCGUGUUUUUUCUUUCGUUUUCUGUCUCUUUUCCAAUCUUUGUGGGUGAUAGAGAAAACGUAGAGAUGCAAAUGCAACCUGAUUGAUCCUCUUUAUACAGUAGCAAUGAUAAACAUCAUCAUCACUCACCUGCUUCUAGUUUAUUUUGUUGAAACCAAUUGCAAGGGCAUAAUAGAGAAUUAAAAAAGUAGCCUAUUUUGUUUUUGAUUUUUGAUGUGAAAAAUUAAGGAAUGGAUACAUUGAACGAGUAUUUAUCAAGCCAAGCGGAAUACAUAGCUUCGUCUCUAUAUAGCUAUGCAUUAAGGGCGAAACGGAAUCGUCGUACAAAUAAUGGAAAUUAUCGUUGUUCUUAUCGUUAUCAUGGUCUUCAAACCCUAGUUCAUUCCGAAGAUGCGAAGCUACCGGAAAGAAUUCUACAUUGUUACAAUUACAACAUGGAUAAAACAAGAAUUGCACUAUCACAAGGUGUUAAGACAUCUUUGUUGUGGGAGAGAUUGUCGAAGUCGUUAUGGUCAUCGUCGCCGGGUUCGCCCAGGUUGCGUUCGACUGUAAUGGGCGAUGUGAUUGGGACGGAGAGUGGAGAUUGUAUGAGCUGUGAUUUACUUGAGCUUCUAGGUCAAGAUCAAAGUCAUAAAAAGGGGUUUGUGUUUAAAGAGAGGGAGAAAGUGAAGAAGGAGUUUCCUCCUGCAAUAACAUUGUUGAGAGAAUCGGGAGGCGUGAUGCCGUGGUGUAUUAGAAAGGAAUGUAAUGAGGAUGGGAGGUUGAUUUUUAAGACGGAGCGAGUUAAGUGCUAUUAUGAAAACAUGGAGGCUCAGAGAGAAAAUGGUAGACUUACGAUGAGGCUCAUCCAUCAUCAGGAUAAUGACGAUGAUGAUGGAUGGCCUAUUGAAGACAAUGAUGAAGAUGAAGAAAAGAAUGGUUAUGAUGAGUUUGAAAAAGAAUUGGCGAAGGAAUUUGAUAGUAGUGAGACGCGGAAGAAUGAGAGCGGGCGAUGUUGGGCCGAUUUUCGGCCGUGUGUUUCUUAUGGUGGUGGAGGGUUUGCUAGGGAUUCAGGAUCCUUCUACUUGGGUCAGACAGGUUCUGCACCCAUUGCUUAUGUUAUGUGAUUUGAUUCUUUGCCAACUUAAUAAAUAAGCUCUUCAACUUUCUGUGUGAUGCACUAAAAAGCACACAGAAAGGAUGGAGCCAUCUAUCUAGCAGGUAGAGUGGCUAGUUGGUGAAAAAUAUGAUAUACUAUUUUCGUUUGUCCUUCAA